AUGGCUCCAGCAUCACCAGCAAAACAAGGAAGCGACACCCAAUGGCCUCCAAGAUCUCCACACGAAGCUCUUAUUAGCACACCGGGUGGCAGACAACGAUAUCGACAGAUGAUGACAUCUCCCUCACCUUCGCCUUCGAAAAGAGGUCGUAACCUGCCUUCGAUGAACCUUAUGGCCGAGAUUGAAAACGACGAUGAGGACGAAGACGAGGAAACGCUACAGCUGAAGCUCCAAGCGAUCCAGGCGCGGCUCAAGUUAAAGAAGCUGCAAGCCGCCAAGACGAAGAAGACGGACGAGAGUGUUGAGCAUCUACAUACGACUACCUCGGAGCUUGUGAUAUCAACUCAAGUCCCCAGCCGUUCGAGACGUGCAGCAACUCCCACAAGAGACGAACCCGCACUACAACAAAGCCUCGUUCAAGUCCCGGCCUCUCCAGUCAGAAGGACGCAAGAACCCCAAAUGCAAACUUCCCCUAGCAGGGUAUUGCUAGGUAUCGACAAAGGCCUUAAGGCUAGAGACAUUUCUUUGAAACGUGCGCCUAGCUACAGAGACUCGCAGACAACAACUGAUAUUGGUCAUGCUGGCUACUUGCGAAGAUCGAGGACCACGGGAAGCGCCAAUUCUUCCUUCUCGUCAGAAAAUCGCCCUUUGAGUUUCAACGAACGACUGGCAUCCGUGAGGACAGACGAAGCUGCUCGGGCUCAGCGACAAAAGGAGAUUCAAAAGUUAAGAUCGAAUACUUUUGGGAUUAGUCAGGAUGAGAUGGAACUGUACAAGAAGAAAGCUGUCGAAAUUCCAGAUGAGCCACUUCAAACUCCGUCCUUCUCAAGGGAGGAUAUCAUGGGAAAGCCUAAUCCUCCAGGCCGCUUACAACGGAGUUACACCGUGCCCAACGUCCAAGCUCCUAAUAUGGAUAGCCCAGCCUCAACUUCCACAGCAUUGAUCCGGAAAAAGAAGACACCACCUGGCGAAGUGUCUGAAGAACAAGCCGCUGGAUUUGAGCCAUAUUCAAGCUUUCACUUGUCUAAAAGGAUUCUGCCUCAUAGCGUCCUUGCUCGACAUGUGUCAGGCAAGAAAGUAUAUAUGAUCAAGGAUCUACUCAAAGAUGUCAAAGCACCAGAUUUUGCUCUGCCUGAUAUCGAACAGGAUAUCGUGAUAUUUGGCAUAUUGGCAAAGAAGUCAGACCCCCGUGCCCAUAAGCCGACGCAGAAGAAUGGGAAGACAGAAGAUCGAGGGAAAUACAUGGUCAUGACCCUAGUCGAUUUAGAAUGGGAACUGGAUCUUUUCCUUUUCAAUUCUGGCUUCACAAGAUACUGGAAGCUCACUGAGGGGACUGUUAUUGGCAUUCUCAACCCUACUAUUAUGCCGCCCCCUCCAGGUCGACAGGAUACUGGCAAAUUUAGUCUGGUCAUCAAUUCGGAUGAUGACUCGAUUGUUGAAAUUGGCACAUCUCGCGAUCUAGGGGGUUGCCAAUCGGUCAAGAAGGACGGGGAUAUAUGCGCUGUUUGGAUCAACAAGAAGCGGACACUGCAUUGUGAGUUUCACUCCAACGAAGCUAUUCGCAAACAGCGAUCGACAAGAGUGGAGAUCAACGGAAGCAGUUUUGGCGCCAGGAAAAACAAAUCCAAGGAAGUGUUCGGCUGGGGCGCCGAAAAGAAGAAGGACGAGUCGGCUAAGACAUAUGAUUGGGACACGAAAACGCAUUGGUUUGCCUCGCGUACCAUGAGUGCAGCAGACCUGAUUGAUGGAAAGGAUCGAACACCAAAUGACCGUAAGGAGAGAGCAGAGUUCAUGAAAAGAGAUCUCGAGUUGAAGGAAAGAGAGCGCGACAUGAUGAGGAAGCUUGGCCAGGUCGGUAACGCGGCCGGAAGGGAGUAUAUGCGAUAUUCUGGUUCGCGGACCACAAACCUUCCAGCCGCGGGCACGUCUUCGCAGUCAAACUCUGCGAACAUGGCGGAUGAGAUACAUAGGCCAGACGCAAGGUCACUUGGACUGUUGGGAAAGGAUUCCACCAUUCACCUCAGCCCUGUCAAGCGAAAGCGCCCCGACAGCUCUCAAGCUGGGUCGCAAAGCGGUUCGAUGACAAACAACGGACCGUCGGCUUUUGGCUGGGGUAGCGGUCUUACUAACAAGCUCUCCAAGAUGAAGGAUGGGGAGAAGUUGCGCAAGGAUGGACAGCCGCCAGUGCGGAAAAAGACUCGUUUCGUUACAGAUAAGGGUAUUCGGGAAGCUGGGAGGGAAAGCCUUGGAGCCGAACUCCUCGAUCGACAGGUUAUGCUUGACGACGACGACGACGAACUGGUUAUUGUGUAA